UAGCCUCCCUCACUGUACAGCAUCUUGUGAUAAUCUGUUUGAAGGACGUUAUUCAUUAGCACAUUGAAUUGUAUGGUAAGGUAAAAAGCUAAUUACAAACAAAGAAUUUUCCAUAGUGCAUGAGAAUAUUGAUCCUUCCAGGGUGAUUUCCUGCCUCUGAUGGUGGUUGUUAGGAUGUUUGAAAGGAGGCAACAAACCGAUAAGGCCCGUGGCCAAUUGCAUGACACUGAAUACUAGAGAAAAAAAUGUGCGUCUUGACCUUUGCAGCAAUCUGUGUAUUGUUUGAAGCAUAAGAUUUUAUUACCCCACUUAAGCAUGUGGAACAAUAAAUUUUAUUAUCAGUUAUAAAACUACCCAGCCAGUUUUAAAAUUCAAGCUAAAUAUUUAACUCCAAGAUCUCCUGUGACAUUGAAUAAAUUACUGGACAGGCUCUGCACUGUGUGAAUAAAUAUUUUCUUUUCAAUGUCCUUGUCAUUUAAUUUCAUUGAAUGACCAUCAGCUCUCAUAUAUUUUUUAAAACAACCAAAGCCAUCAACACGAUUGAGCUUGUCCUUUUUAACUGACUAUAAAAUAUUAUUUUCUGCUACACAGGUGGCACAAAGGGAGUGGAAACUGCUCAGGUCCCCUCUUCUAGGGAUUUCCUUGUAUGAGGGAGUUUCUAGUGGGUUUAAAGCCACAACUCCAGCAUAGAGGCUAUGUCUGGGUCAGGGAGGGGCUAUGACUGGAGUGUACUGCACUUCAGCUAUCUUCAGGUGAGAGAUGGUUGCUUGAGGAAUGUUGCCAGCUGGUGUAGGUUAGAGCAGUCAUCAGGCUGCUCUAACAUGGACUGGGGGUGGAGACUCAGGAAACUCUUCUAACCAGUUCCUUGGCAACUCCCUUCCCCCACUGCAUUGAUCAGAUCUUCCUCAAGAAGAAAAGUUGGGCCUAUAUCUUCAGAAAGGCCAUUGGUUUGGUUUGUACCUGUGACUGCAUGUUUGUCAACAGGAGGCUUAUCUUACUCUGUUAGCUCCAGUGUUAGAGGUCUGUGCUGAAGAUCCCAAGGUGAUGAAUACCCAGGAAAGGGGGUGCUAGUAGAGCUGAGAUCCUGUAAAAAAUUCUGAUGUUCAACAUUUGCUUUUGUCCUAAGUUGAAAUGAAAAAAUGAAGUAUCAAAAUUUUUCUAUUAAUGAAAAGUUCCAAAAAUGUUUCAUUUGAGAAAGGCUGAAAUAUUUCACUUCAGCAUUUCUGAUAAAAAAAUAAAAUGUUGACAUUUCUGACUCAAAAUGUUUCAUUUUGGUUUGUUGAAUGGACCAUAAAUGCUUCAUUUUUGAGUAAAUUUCAGCCUUAAACUAUGUUUCCCUGUUGUGAAGCAUUGCCUUGGGGGUGUUGUACCUCAGAUAUUUCCCCUAUGGCCCAGGUUCUCUGGCCAGACUACAUCUCCCACAGUAGUGUAGUUGAGGUAAACUUGGGUAAACAGAGUAGACCCACCUCUCAUUUAGGGAAUAUGGAGUUUCCUUUCCCCUAGUUUACCCAUUUUCUUGUUUUCCACUACACCACUGAUCUCCCAUCAUGCACCUGUAGUUAUGAGACUUUUAUGAUGUAUCAUGCUCAGUCAAAGGGUAGACUGUACUGCAUCAUGAGAAAUGUAAUCUGGCCAGGGAGCUCAGCCCAUAGGAGAAACAUGAGCCCAAAAUACAGCUACCAUAAAGCAAUGUGUCACAAUUAGGAAAAUGCAGUUUAAUGUUGAACUGGCUCCAGACAAAGAGCCCUGGCUUUCAACAAUCCCAAAUAUUCAGAAUCAGGUGAAAGCAACCCAAAAGGAAAUAUUUCCAUUUUGUUUUCCUAAUAGAAAAUCAAAAUGGUAGCUUAAUUGACAUUCUCCUGUGGAAAAAUGUCAAUUUUGUGCAAAAUGAGUUUUCCUUUGGAAAAUAAUUCCAACAAAAAUUCCCAACCAGCUCUACCUGCUACAGAGAUCAAAUUGAAAAAUUCUGCUACUCUGUGUUGCUUUCUUGACGUUUAUAAAUCUGCCUUCAUUGUAAUGUAACUCUCCCCUCCCUUUCCCUUUGUAUGCAAAAAGUAGUUUCGCUUUAUAUGGCAAGAACCCGCAAAACUGGAUCAAAAUGGUGUGGUUGGUUGGUUGUUUAAGCGUUGAGUAAAAUCCAGCUCUCCUGUUAAAUCGUUUUUAAACAUGAGGUAAAAAGUUUAAUUUUCACUUGCUUCUCCCCAUUUUUGGUUCCUUUAAGGGUUAAGUCUGUGGUAGUUUUCCACUUUAAUAGGACCAUGAUUUGGUACGAAAUGUAUCCAGUGCUCUCCCUCGCCUCUAACUUCACACAGAGGGGAAAAUGCGGCAUGCAGUACAUAUGCCUCUCUUGCUCGUAGGUUCAAACUGUUUCUCUCAAAGCCUCACAAAAGCUGACAUUUCAGGUGGUGUGAGGGAGGUGCUGUCUGGAGCCUGAAGAAGAGAGUGAAAUUCUGAAGCUUGGAACUUGCACUGUAAGCGCUGUGUGCCUUAGGGAGCUCCGUCCUUCUGUGUGUCUUGUGGAGCAGGGACAUCUUUACUGUGUGUUUUUAACAGCACCUAGCAAAUAAAUAACACAACAGUAGAGGGGACACGGACACAAGUGUACCGUGUGAAACUUCCCUGCCGACGGGAUGUUGCUACCGCACAAGACAAGAGUGUUAAUUGUAACACACGUUACUGUGUGUGGGCACCGCUCAACAGGACUUCGCCACCCCCCCAGUCGUUUCCUUGAAGGAUCUUUCACUGAACGGAGAGAGAAAGAGCUGGCUAGUCGGACUGUCAAGCAUUUACCCAAUCGAAAGGUGUUUGGGAGGAAAUUGACAUUUGGCAGCAAGUCCCAGCGCCUUACUGGAAAAGCGAAGAAGUAGAAGUGCUUUGUAACCUCUGCCAUUCCCACGCCUCUGGGGAGUGGGGACACUGAAAAGGAAGCAACCCCGCAGGGCCAGCACGAGGAGACAAGUCUUAACAGAAGCUAAAGAAAUGGAGAAUGGGACCGAUCCUGUCUGCAUUGCAAAUGAGCCUCCGUUCUCUCGCAAAAUUAUCGGAAAAAAGAAGAGUAAACAGUCACAGAAUCUGUACAGCAGCCAUCAAGAGGAUGAUGCACAGCUUCUUCCUUGCUAUGCCCAUGGUGCUGCUUGACCUGUUCCCAGUGGUCAUUCUGCAAAACUUGCAAUGAUGCAGAUGACUGCAUGAAACAGAGUGGUGAAUAUCCUGCGUAAACCAGACUGUACACCGCAUACAACUGUGGGCCUGCUCACUGAUAUCUUUGUCAAACUCCAGGACAACUGGGAAUCCCGCUUUUGUAGACUGCGGCAACAACUGUGUUUGAAAGCACAAGCUGAUGGUUUUUUUUUAAAAUGUACCUACAUUUAUUAAUCAUUUAUGCAGUGGCAUAACUGUGCAUUAGGCUGUAUAGAACAAAGAAAAAGCAAAGCCCCUGCCCGAAGGAUCUUACCUCUAAUCUUACACAAAAUGUGUUCAGUGAUGAUAAUAGGGAGAUUGGGGAGACAAAGGCUACAGAGACAAGAUGCUCUGGCCUUGAUCUAACAGGUAUAUUUCUCUUUGCCAUCUUGACUUUAAUGACACUAAUAGCCAACCUGGUGUUUGUAGAGGAAGUGUUCUAUAUCUACAGGAAAACCCCCUCCUCUAAAAGGACGAUUUUUAUUUGGAUAAAUGCAGCAGCUCCGGUGAUAGCUACUACAUCAUGCAUCGGGAUGUGGAUUCCUCGCUCAACAAUGUUUACAGAUUUCACUGCAGCAGUUUUUUUUGCCAUUGUGAUCCACAAGUUCAUGCUGAUGAUGAUUAAAGAAUGUGGAGGUCAAAAGUUAUUUCUCAGGAGAUUUGAAAAUGAUCGUUUCAAGAUCAGCACAGGUCCCUGCUGUUGCUGUUGCCUUUGCCUCCCUUAUGUACACAUCACUCGACGAACGCUGUUUCUGCUGAAGUUGGGGACUUUUCAACUUGCUUUUCUUCGACCUGUGCUAAUGUUUCUGUCAAUAGUGCUUUGGACCAACGGAAACUACAACCUUUCUGAUUUAACUCCUAAUGGAGCUGCAAUAUGGAUUAACUGCUUCACUGGUGUCCUUACAAUCAUUGCUCUUUGGCCAAUUGGAAUCAUGUUUCAACAAGUUCGAGUUCUUCUUAACUGUAAGAAGAUCAUCCCCAAGUUUGCACUUUAUCAGUUUGUCCUCAUUCUGAGCCAACUCCAGGCAGCCAUCAUCAAUAUCUUGGCUCUGCGAGGAAUUAUUCCCUGUGCACCACCUCUGGCUUCUUUAGCAAGAGGAGCAUAUAUGAACCAACAGCUCCUCAUAAUGGAAAUGUUUCUGAUAACACUGAUCUCAAGGGUGGUGUAUAGGAAAAGAUAUGAUGAUCUGGAACUUCCAGAGUGCACUGACCAGGAAACUAGCGACAACAAACAGAACGCCAAGGUCAACCUAAAUGGCAAAGUUAUUGAAGAUGGAACCCAAAAUGUUUAGAAGAUGGAUGGAUGUGCUGUCUUCUGAGAGCUGGGACAAUACUUGUAGCCCAACUCGGCUUGCCCACGGCAAGAUCCUGACUAAUGUAUAUGCUUUACUUGAGGAGACGUCCAUUGCAACUUUUAUAUCCUUAUACUGCAAAUAGCAGAUAUCCGAGCUGGAACAGCUUCUGGGAUAAAUUCAUGUGACUUGGACAGAAAGGACCAAAAAUUGGGAGGAUAAACCUCCUUAUUUUCCAGAGAUACAUAUACAGAGUGAGAGAUUUCAGUCUCCAUAUAAUUUCAUGCAGUUGUCAGACAAUUUGGGUCCCAUCAGUUGUUUGAACCUUGCAGUGUAACUGUGAAUUGAUGUAAUGCAGUAUUGCACACAUUACGGUGUUUAUACAAUGUGGCAAUACUGGAGA